AUGAGUAGUUGUUCAUCCACAAGUAUUAAGCGUGUAAGAAAAAAGCCUUUAUUAUCAUCAGCAACUAAUAAUAAUAUUAAUAUCCCUGAGGAUGUGUUAUUAAGCUACAUAUUCAUUCGAUUACGGGCUAAACAGCUCGCUCAAAUGAGGACCCUCUCUAAAACCUGGAAUGCCCUCUUGUCCCAUCCUUCCUUUAUCCAAUCUCAUCUCGACCGUUCAAUCAAUACCAACGACGAAAUUCUUAUGGUCUUUUACAAUGGAGUUUUUUCACAACACAAACCAUUUACCGCCCACCCCUCUCGAUCUCCUAGUGAAGACCUCGCUUAUCUAAUCAAACCCCCACCUGGACCUGGAUACAAUGUUGUUAUUGGUUCCGUUAAUGGCUUGAUAUGCUUUGCUGAUUACAUAAUCCAUCGUCGUUCCUUUCGCAUCUGGAACCCCUCUAUCUCAGCCUUAAUAGCUCUCCCACCAUAUACUAUAAGUGAAGACUACCCCAAAGAUGCUUGCAGUUUUCGGUUUGGAUUUGAUCCCAAAACUAGUGAUUAUAAACUUGUUAAGAUUGCAUACCGCUUUGAUAGACAUGUUCUGAUUGAAAAGUAUUUUCCCGUAGAGGUGUAUAGUAUGCGAAAAGAUUCAUGGGAAUUCAUAACAGCAAAGUUUCCAUCCCAUAUUAGAUAUAUUCACGAACCCCCCAACGAAGCGUAUGUGGAUGGAUAUGAUGGCCAUGUUCAUUGGCUUUGUUCUAUUGAUACGGAUAAGACACUUCAAACCAUAAUGGCAUAUGAUCUGAAUCUUGAAACUUUUAGUGAGAUAUUGCUUCCAGACUCUAUACAAAGGAAUAGAAACCGGAGUCGAAGAAAUGCUUUGGGAGUUUGGUCCCGAAAGCUUUGUGUGAUUUCCUGCAACUACCAAGAUGGUGAUUGUGAGGUGUGGGUGAUGGAUAAGUGUAAGGUGGCUGGUUCUUGGAUAAAACUACAUGUGUUAUCCGGGUUUAGUGGUGAUAUUGUUCCGAUUGGAUUCACUUUGAACAGUAAGUUCCUUUUCAGACAUGAUGAUAAUCUUGCUCUGUACGAUCCAAAUGCAUCCGCAUCUAAACAUUUUAAGGCUAUCAGACCAGUUGAAUCACCAACCAAAGUUGCUCAGUAUAUUGACAGUCUUGUUUGGCCCGUAUCGUCACGCAAGGGGCUGGGGCCUUAACAACGUCGACAAAGGCCACUGAGGAUGAUUAUGUAUUUUUCUUGUUUAAGGGACCUCUGUAGAACAGAAAUCCUCAAGGUUUUACAUGUAUUUUUCUUUUCUGGUAUUCUAAAAUAAUUCUAGUUUCUUUAUUUCCGUUUAGU